UUGUAAAUAUCCAUUGUUUGUUAAUAAAGAAAAAACAAAUUUCACUUUUUUUUUGACUAAAACAAGGAAUAUAAUUUUAAUUUAAUUAUAUUUAAUUAUACUUUAUUUUUAACCUUCUCAUUACUCAAUUACAUGUAGUUACCCAUGUUUAUUUUCGUUUGGAUAAUUACAAUUAAAAAUCAAUGGCGCUCACAAAUAAAUUAUUAUUGAGUCAAGUAGCUGGUUAUACCAUAGCAGCAAUUCUUUCACUAUGCAUCAUUAUACCGAUGAGUCUUCAUCAAGAUGAAUUUAAAGGACAUUGUCUUUUAUUCUCUUCUGGUCAAUGGCUUGAGAAGAAUGGUCAAUUUUUAGUAAAUUGGGCAUCUCAAGCUUAUUGUAACUAUUCAAUUUUUGUUGGAGUUUUGCUGUUAGUGAUAUCAUCAAUACAGACCUAUAGGAUGUCAAUUUUUGCUUAUAAAGGAACUGACAGGUUUGUAAUCCAAAAAUUUUUCUAGAUAUUGUUUUAUAUU